GAAGUCUUGAAGUAGGUGUAGUGGUGAAUAUUUUUGGUGCUUCUGUGUUUUUCUUUCUUGAUUUUGUGGUUGAUUUGUCAAUCAGCUGAGUUCUCAGACUGAUGGAGAAUAGUAUAUUAAGUGUAUAGAGUACUCAGUAUAGAGCUCUCUUAAUUAUAAGGAAAAAUCCACACAGUAGUUCUUUGAACUAAAUAGUUUUUUUAGGAUUCAAAUGUUCAUUUUUAUAAAUGAACAUUGUUUUUUCUUUGCUUUUAACAACAAAACUUGUAUAUGAAAAAUAUUACCAAUCAUUCAAGAUAAUGAAGGCAUUGCACUUUGGAAAAGCUAUCAAAUCAGCUGAUCAAUUUAGCUUGCCAAAUUUCUGCAAAUUGGUGAACGAACUUGCAGCUUGGGCCGGCAAAGUCAAUAGUUUCAUUAUUUGUCAUUGAAUUAUUUCAAAAUGUUUGCAGUUAAAAGGUGCAUCAGUUCUGUCUUGAGAAGCUCUCGUACGCCGAUAUCGACAUGUUUAAACAAGAAACAUACCCUCCCAGAACUACCCUACGCCUAUGACGCGUUGGAGCCAAUCAUCUGCAAAGAAAUAAUGGAACUUCACCAUAAGAAGCACCACCAGACCUACGUCAACAACCUCAAUGCCUUGGAAGAGAAAUUCGCUGAAGCUGUAAAGAAAAAUGAUGUGAGUACAAUAAUUGCACUUGAACCAGGUCUGAGAUUCAAUGGCGGCGGACAUAUUAACCACUCAAUUUUCUGGAAAAAUCUCUCGCCCAACGCCAGCAAAUUGCAAGGUGAGCUGUGUGACCUGGUGGUGCAGUCGUUUGGAUCGGUGGCCGAUAUGCAGAAGAAGCUGGCGACGGCAGCCAAUGGCGUGCAAGGAUCGGGGUGGGCGUGGCUAGGCUACAACAAGGCCACUGGCUGUCUCGAGAUUGCCACCACACCCAACCAGGACCCUCUGCUUGCCACCAAAGGUCUCCACCCGCUGUUUGGCAUCGACGUGUGGGAGCAUGCCUACUACCUGCAGUACCUGAACGUGAGGGCCGACUACACCAAGGCAAUCUUCGACAUCGUCAACUGGGAUGACGUCAACGAACGCUAUCUGGACGCCAAGUGCGACAUCUCGCGGUGAAAUUAGCAAAUAACCAGUCUCAGUUUAAAUAGCACCUGUCGAAAUUCCGUUGUUCAUAUUUUACCAUCAUUGUUUGUUUCUCUGUUUAAAAAAUCACCAUCGUUGAAAAAAUAGUCAUUUUGCAAUCUAUCUUUGACCAGUCUUUUGUGCAUAAUCACUGAAAUUAAUAAUUUUGUGAUAUGUUUCUGGAAAUAAAAAUGAAAUUUUAUUUUACCAA